CAGACAUGCUCGGCAGACCCCCAGGGAGCCACGUACCAUAGGACCAUGUUUCUGUCAUCUAAUAAACCUGUUCUACUGGCUGGCUGAGAGUCUCAGAGAAUCGCAGGAAGGGAGGUGCAGGGCCGUGACUCCCCCACAGUCCGUGACACCAAGUCACCUGGUACUGGACGCCAUGAUAGAAUUACCAGCGUUUCUCUAUUGAAAGGAAAGUCCUGGAGUAAGGGGACAGGGUGGGGAUGCUGCUCUCCAAGAUCAACUCGCUGACCAACCUGUGCUCCGGGUCCGGUGGGGAGCUGCACCCGGCCAAGCUACACCCAGGGAAGGACAAGGAGCCGCUGGAGAAGCUGUACCAGGUGGGCCCGCUGCUGGGCAGUGGUGGCUUUGGUUCUGUCUACUCGGGCACCCGCCUGUUGGACAGCGCCCCGGUAGCCAUCAAGCACGUGUACCGGGACCGGGUUUCUAACUGGGAAGAGCUGCCUUGUGGGAGCAGAGUGCCCAUGGAGAUCCUGCUCCUGAAGAAAGUGGGCUCAGGCUUCUGGGGGGUCAUUCAGCUCUUGGACUGGUUUGAGAGACCGGACAGCUUCGUCUUGGUUUUGGAGCGACCGGAUCCUGUGCAGGACCUGUAUGACUUCAUCACGGAGCGGGGUGCUCUCCCCGAGGAGCAGGCCCGCAGCUUUUUCCGCCAGGUUGUGGAGGCGGUUCAGCACUGUCAUAGCUAUGGGGUAUUGCACCGGGAUAUCAAGGACGAGAACAUCCUGGUUGAUCUGAACAGCGGGGAACUGAAACUCAUAGAUUUUGGGUCUGGGGCAUUACUCAAGGACACAGCGUACACUGAUUUUGAUGGGACCAGAGUGUACAGCCCCCCAGAAUGGAUCCUCAAUCACCAAUAUCAUGCCAGGUCAGCCACAGUCUGGUCUCUGGGGGUCCUGCUAUAUGACAUGGUCUGCGGGAUUCUCCCCUUUGAACAUGAUGAGGAGAUUAUUAAGGGCCAGGUCUGCUUUCGGCAGAGCGUCUCUCCAGAGUGCCAGCACCUCAUUGAAUGGUGUCUGGACUUGAGGCCCUCCGACAGGCCAUCCUUGGAAGACCUCCUAAAUCAUUCAUGGCUGCAAGACGUCCCUUUGCCACAGCAAACAGCAGAGAUGCACCAGCACAAUCUAAUUCAGGAGUCUGGCGAAUAGCAGUUCCUCUCAUCCACGGGGUGUAAAAGAGAAAACUCUUGCCAGUGGCUGCCUGCCUGUUACAUGGCAACAUUCAUAUCUCAUUCCAGAGGCCAGCUAACUGGCGAAUCUUCUGAGAGGCUGGAGGUUAGGCCCUGCCUUACCUGAUGUCUUGCCCAGGGAGGCUCCAGGCCCCAGCACGCCAAGCAUGUACUUGGGGCAGCAAGCCGCAGGGGGCGCUCUGCCGGCACUGC